AUGUGGCGCUUUCGUCAGGGCGCUCCGCCCCUGGAGUUUGGACGCGAGGAAUCAGUGGCUCUCGAGGAUGGCGACGCCAUCGCACUGGGAACAGGGGUCGGCGAUGCGCUGGCCACAGCUGAGGAGAAGUUUCGGCUUUCUGAGCUGUGCAGCCCAAAUCCGCGAUUCUUGGGUGUGGAGGACAAGGUGGAGGAGCAAUUGAUGCCUCAAGCAAGACUUCUGCCAGCCUUGGGCGGAAGGGAGCCGCAUUUCGGCCUCGAUGACGAGGAUGGUUUCGAGCCACAUUGGACAUCAGCCGCACGGAAGAAGGUAGUGGAUCCAGCCCGCUCGCGCUCCCACAGAGGCUGGACGUGA